GAGCAAUCUUCUCAGUGUGUGUUUGACUGAGCCAGCCAUCCUGUGUUGAUACUGAUUGUUCGAGUAAGUAGGAAUCAGGCACUGGAGUAGCAGAGCGACAUCGAUCGCAGUGUCCGAUCCUAAACAACCGUGUGUCCCGACCGAGCGACCCGUGUCUCUCUCAACCUGGACCAUGAGCCAGCCUCGGCCGGACGAGUUUAAGCCGCCUCCGGAGUGCCCGGUCUUCGAGCCCAGCUGGGAGGAAUUCGCCGAUCCAUUCGCGUUUAUCAAUAAGAUUCGGCCGAUCGCGGAGAAAACAGGCAUCUGUAAAAUCCGCCCGCCGCCGGAAUGGCAGCCUCCAUUUGCGUGUGACGUCGACAGACUUCAUUUCACUCCUCGGAUCCAGAGACUCAACGAGUUAGAGGCACAGACGAGGGUCAAACUCAAUUUUCUGGACCAGAUUGCUAAGUUCUGGGAGCUUCAGGGAUGCGCUCUUAAAAUUCCACACGUAGAGCGAAAGAUACUAGAUCUAUACCAGCUAAACAAGCUUGUUGCAGAUGAGGGAGGUUUUGAUACUGUAUGUAAGGAGCGCAGAUGGACAAAGAUAGCCAUGAUAAUGGGCUUUGCACCAGGCAAGGCAGUAGGUUCACACUUGCGUGCUCACUACGAAAGAAUCCUCUACCCCUACAACCUCUUCCAGGCUGGGGCCAACCUGCUGUUCGUUCAGAAACCCUCCCUCUUGGAAAAUGGUGAUGAUAAAGAAUAUAAACCUCACGAUCUGGUGCAAAGGCAAAAGGUGCAGGUGCAACCCAGCGAUACAUGCACACCUGCCAGGAGAGCCAAGCGAAUGAAAGCUGAGUCUGGCUGUGGGAAGUCAGACGGGUGUACAGGAGGAGAGGUGUGUGAGAACAGGCCCAAUCUCAGGAGACGGAUGGGCUCUUUUGUAGCAAAACCUGAACCAGUAAAGGAAGUACCCAUUCAGAUUAAACAGGAGCCUGUGGAGAGAGAGCUGCAAACUGAGCCAGAGAAAACCAAAUCGCGCUAUAAGAAAAGUGCUCCACAGCCACCUGUCAGCGUAGUGGACCUGUAUGUGUGUUUGGUAUGUGGGAGCGGUAGUGAUGAGGAAAGGCUGUUGUUAUGCGACGGCUGUGAUGACAGCUACCACACUUUCUGCUUGAUUCCGCCCCUUCAUGAUGUCCCUAAGGGUGACUGGAGGUGCCCCAAGUGUCUGGCACAGGAAUGCAGUAAGCCACAGCAGGCAUUUGGCUUCGAGCAGGCGCGCAGAGAAUACUCCCUCAAAACGUUUGGGGAAAUGGCUGACUCGUUUAAGUCUGACUACUUCAACAUGCCUGUUCAUAUGGUGCCGACUGAGCUGGUAGAGAAGGAGUUCUGGCGGUUGGUGGGCACUAUCACAGAGGAUGUGACGGUAGAGUACGGAGCCGAUAUCGCUUCCAAGGAGUUCGGCAGCGGCUUUCCCAUUAGGGGUGGCAAGUUCAAGGUUGCACCGCAAGACGAGAAGUACUUGCUCUGUGGGUGGAAUCUGAAUAACAUGGCAAUGAUGACUCCAUCCGUGUUGACCCAUGUGACAGCUGAUAUAUGUGGCAUGACCCUGCCCUGGCUGUAUGUGGGCAUGUGCUUCUCCUCUUUCUGCUGGCAUAUCGAGGACCACUGGAGCUACUCCAUUAACUACCUGCAUUGGGGAGAGCCUAAGACGUGGUAUGGAGCUCCAGGAUUUGCUGCUGAGCAGCUGGAGGCUGUGAUGAAGAAGCUGGCACCUGAACUAUUUGAGUCUCAGCCAGAUCUCUUACACCAACUCGUUACCAUCAUGAACCCUAACACGCUCAUGGCCCACGGAGUACCAAUUUACAGGACCAAUCAAUGUGCAGGAGAGUUUGUCAUCACAUUCCCGAGAGCCUAUCACAGUGGUUUUAAUCAGGGCUUCAACUUUGCAGAGGCUGUGAACUUCUGCACCGUGGACUGGAUGCCCUUGGGCCGUCAGUGUGUGGAGCACUACCGCUUGCUGCAUCGUUACUGUGUGUUCUCCCACGAUGAGAUGAUCUGUAACAUGGCUGCCAAAGCUGAUAAAUUGGAUGUUGUUCUGGCCUCAGCCGUGCACAAAGACAUGGUGCUAAUGAUCAGUGAUGAGAGGGACCUCCGAGAGCAAAUCUGCAAAUCGGGAGUGGUGCAGUGUGAGUUGUUUGAAUAUGAUUUGCUGCAGGAUGACGAGAGACAGUGUGUUAAGUGUCGCACCACCUGCUACCUGUCUGCUCUCACCUGUCCAUGUCGGCCGGGUGAGCAGGUGUGUCUACACCACGCUCACCACCUCUGCCCCUGCCCUACCUCCAAAUACACAUUCAGGUACCGCUUCACGCUAGAUGAUCUCUACCCCAUGAUGAAUGCUGUGAAGCAAAGGGCUGACUCAUAUGACGAGUGGGCGUCACGCGUAACUGAGGUCCUUGAGGCCAAACUGGACAAAAAGCGCAACCUGUCUGUGUUCCAUUCUCUGCUUGAGGAGUCAGACAAGAACAGUUUUCCGGAUAAUGAUCUGUUACGUCACCUGAGAGUGGUCACUCAGGAUGCAGACAGGUGUUCAUCUGUGGCACAGCAGCUUCUCAAUGGCAAGAGACAGACCAGGUAUCGUGCUGGUGGAGGAAAAACUCAGAACCAGUUGACUGUAGAGGAAAUGAGGUCAUUUGUGCGUCAGCUUUACAACUUGCCCUGCAGCCUAGUGCAAGCACCAUUACUGAAGGAGCUGCUGAACCGUAUCGAGGAUUUCCAGGCACACAGUGAGAAAGUUCUGUCUGACACUGUGAGUGCAGAUUCUGUGGUGGAGAUUCAGGCCCUUCUAGAUGAGAGCUCAGAGUAUGACGUGUAUCUGCCAGAGGUUCCUCGGCUACGGGAGCGUCUGGAGAUCGCUCACUGGUUAGCAGCAGUGCAUCAGGCUGAGGAGUCAGGCAGCAGUGCCCGUGGCCUCACUCUGGACGCUAUGCGGCAGCUGAUUGACCGAGCUGUGGGAUUAACUUCUGACCCUGCAAUAGAGCGUGCCAUGGCUCGCCUGCAGGAGCUGCUCACUGUGUCUGAGCAGUGGGAGGAGAAAGCACAGGCGCUGCUCAAAGCCAGACCUCCAGAGACUGUGGAAUCUCUGUCUGCCAUUCUGAAAGAGAUCGAGGCAGUUCCUACGUAUCUGCCCAACUGCCUGUUGCUGCGAGACUCCAUUAACAGAGCCACAGAGUGGCUGAAGGAUGCUGAUGCUUUGCAGUUGGGAGGGCGUGUCCCUGUGUUAGACACACUGUCAGACUUGGUGCUGAGGGCACGGGCGAUUCCUGUGCAGCUGGAGCCACUGGAGAGGUUGGAGGCGCUCGUCUCUGAGGUGCAGGCAUGGAAAGAGUCUGCAUCCAAAACCUUUCUCCUGAAAAACUCCUCUUUCACCCUGCUGGAGGUGCUGUGUCCACGGUGUGAGGUGGGAAGCUCUCUCAAAAGGAAGAUGAAGAAGACAAAGGGAGAUGGAGUGUCAUGUGGGAAAAAGAGAACAGGGAGACUGGACAAUCUCAGUGAUGUAGAGAAAGCCCUGUCAGAGAGUAAAGACUCAGCUUCUGCUAUGACGACUCUUGCUGAGGUCCGUUUGAAGGAGCUGGAGUCCUUGGUGUCUCUCCGUGCAGCUAAUGAAUCUAAACUCCUCCCAGCAGCCGACUGUGGCGCACUCAAAGUGUGUGUGUGUCAGAAGCCUCCCAUGGGUGCCAUGCGGCAGUGCGAGCUGUGUCGUGAUGCUUUCCACAGUGUAUGUGUACGUGGGCAGGGGGACCCUUGUGAGUCUGAGCCGUGGUUGUGUCCUUUGUGUCGGCGUUCAACGAAACCAGCUUUAGACAGGAUCUUGCCGCUGAUGGCGUCUCUGCAGAGGAUCCGUGUGCGUUUACCAGAAGGAGACGCGCUGCGUUACAUGAUUGAACGCACAGUGGACUGGCAGCGGCGAGCACGGGAGCUCAUGGCCUCGUAUAACCUUUCAACAACCGUUCAGGAACACCAGGGAUGGCGCUGGGCAGGGGAAAGCAGUUCGAAGGGUCAGGAUUGGAGCAAGUGCAGUCAGGAGCAGUCUGUCUUUUACAUAGAGCAGCACUGCAUCCCUCUGCAGGGUCUGAGUACAGAGCUGGAGGAGCUGAUGGUGGAAGGAUUAUUGCUGCAGGUGUCACUGCCUGAGACUCAACAGCUGUAUAUGCUGCUACUAAAUGGCCCCCCGGCCCAGUGCAGUCUACAGCAUACACACCCAGCAAGUGAAAGCCCACAACACACACCCUACCACACUCAGGAACACACUUCACCACAUAAAGAGCGAGACCUAGUGACCCCAGCAGAAAAGAAAGCAAAGCGGCGGAUAGAGAGAGAAGAGAUGGGGCUGAAGAUCGACGUGAGGGAGCGAGGCAUCCCAAAAAGGAAGAAGCAGCGGAUGAGAAGGGAGAAGAGGAAAGAGAGGAAAGCAGCAUCGGUGUCUGCGUCACCCACUUACCUGUCUGAUCUCUCCCAGUCGGACGACUCGGAGGAGGACAUGAUCCUCUGCCCAGCUGAGAGCUGCCUUCAGCCAGCAGGAGAUGAGGUGUUCUGGGUGCAGUGUGACUGCUGUAACCAGUGGUUUCACAUGAUCUGUGUAGGCGUUUCUGAAAAGAUAGCAGCCGAUGAGGACUACAUGUGUGUCACCUGCAGCGCACGUUAACGCAGGUCAGCACCAGAAAUGAGACAGAGUGUAGGAGAGGAGCCGAAGCCUAGGAGGAGAACUACCAGUUCGUCUCCCCUUUUAUCCCUUUUGUACAAUCCUUUUCCCGGUUGUGUAACUGAUUGUUCCCAACACCCUCUGACCUCUGAUCUUUGUAACAACGGUGCUAUUUCCUCUUUUUUUGGAUUUUGGUUUUGUUGUUCUGAAUGAUGCUAUUUGGUCAUUUUUUGUAUUUUUACAACUUUUCUCCUUCUAUUUGAACUAUGUGUGGUUGUCUAAAAAUACAAAUAUGCUAAAUGAAAAGCGUUACAUAGUAGAGUGUGGGGCACACAGCAUGGGUUUCUGAUCCGUUGCGUUGUCGACAAUGAGAGCGAGGUCAUUUGUUCAAAGCAUGUGAAAAACCAUACAGAAGGGUUUCUUAUUUCUCGGGGACUUCUGCAUGCUGAACACAGAACACAAAAAAUUGUUUGUUUGUUUUUUACCAAAUAUCUACAAUAAACAAAUAAGAAAUGAAAACUUGUUUUUGGAAAACCCACUGUUAUGUACACAUGCAUCUGGGAUAAUAUAAUUUCUUUGUUAUUUCUGUUUUCAUUUUGUAGAUUAGUUUUAUUUAUCUGAGCAAUAAUGUCAGUAAGCAUCUGGGGACUUGGAGUGUGUAUGAACUGUGUGAACUGUGUGCUGCUUCUUUAGAGGUGAUGGUUCAUUGUACAUGAAGUGUAAAGCAUAGAUGGUACAGUUUGGGUUGGUGAUUAGUGAUGUAGCAGCCAGAGAGACGUGUAUAAAAGAAACUGCCACACAACUCACUUAGGCCAUUUUGUGGGGUGGGAGGAUGGAGUCGGCAGCCGGGUUUAAGCUUGUUUAAAAUGUCCCAGUUUAUAGUGUGGAAUAAAAGCCCUUUUGUCUAAUAUCUUACAAAAA